CACCAAAUGAUAAUGUGAAAAUUUAACACACCGUGCUUGACUGUAACAAUAAAUUAUAUCUAAAUACUAAUAGUCGGUCUAACUCUAAUUGUUUUCAUUGACUGUAUCCACACAAUGGCUUUACAAGUAGUUUGAAAACGACUUGCUUGAUAUCACCAUUAGUUUGUCUUGGUAUUAAACAGGAAUUAAACAUAAUAGCGGUUGUGCAUGGUGAUGUAAGUUAGAAGUGCAUGACAUAUUUGUUGACAUCAUCUUCUUCUUCUUUACAAUCUCAACAUUGAGAUGAUGUCUGAAUCUGCGGCUGGAACCGAUUAUCACGUACGUGAUCGUUACAUUUGAGGCUACCACUACUUGAGCAGCUUAUAUCCUGACUCAAGCAAACAUGCAUGAGACACGAUGUGACCACAGUGAACAGCACUCAAGUGGCGCAAGCACUGACAACAAACUGAGGACACUUCUUCUAGCUCGACUUUAACACUGAUUAUAUGAUUAUAUAGGCCGGACAGAUUGGCGUUGACAUAUUGUAAUAUUUGCGUGUUGUCUACUGCUCUCCCGCAGCGACAGUACUGCACAGGUCACGACACUUUGCUGUGUUUAUUCAACUGUGGUCACGACACUUUAUUGCAUAUUCACGAUAUCAUGGUAUUGAGUAAUGAUGUUUUUUAACUGUAAACUGUAAAUUUACUUGAUAAGUUGAUAGUCCGGUUAUACUUAUCCAUAAAUUCAUGUUUACCAUUUUAAUCAACCUGACGCCUCUAAAAGUUAAAGUAGAUGAUCUAAUAUUUAUUGGUGGUUAAAAUAUGUUAUCUAAUAUUUAUCGGUUGUUUUUAACUCAUUUGUUGCGGUUUGUAUUAAAAGUUUCCGAUAUCGCCCCUCAUUGACAUUGUUUUCCGGCUUUGUCUAGAAAUUGCAACAGUUUAUAAGAUAUCUUUUACACUAUCUCAUAUUCGAGACGGAGGGAAAUAUUUAUAUUUUAGGCAAUCCUUUAUUUCAAACGUUUAUACUUGACAUCUGCAACCUGAAAAUAUUUGUAAUGUAACUCAUGUUAGCUGAAUAUGUUAAUUUUCUACACGAAGGUUUGAUCUUACUUAUUUAUUUUUAAAACUCAUUUAGACAUGAAAAUCCCUCAAUUCGCCCUAAACGGAAGCUACGUCACCUCCACAACUGGAAGUUCCUCCCAUGGAAACACGUCCAGUAACCAUGGCAACGGAUCAAGCUACCUCGACAGCUCAUCGGACAGGAACAACAACUCCUCCCUGUUAUCUCCAACUCCAAGCAGUGACGACCACAAGUUCAUGGUGGAUAUGGCUGUUGCUAAAGAUAAGACUCCCUUUUUACUGGCCAACAAAGCUAAUGAUAAUCUCCAGAGGGCACUGAACAAAUUCAUGGUUUAUCACGAAAGAGAGAGAAAGCUUGUGAACAGAAUGUUCCGGCAAGAAGAACGAAUCUACAAACAAAGAGUGGCUAGAUGCGCCACAGCUUUGCCGCGAAAUAAGGCUAAGACUAUUAACACUAUUCUGGAGGAGCGCGACCAUGAUGAGGAAGAUGAUGGAGAAGGAAAGUGGGCGAUAACGAAAAAACAGAGUCUCAGUUCUCCUUUGACUAAACCCCGACCUAGAACCGCUGGAGGGCCUGUUACCCGGCAUAGGAUACGGACACAACUAGUUCCCCCAACGGAAGAAGACAACACGGUAGAACUAACUUACACCUUCAACUCGUUGUUCGGGGACGUUCAGAAACAUGUUCGAGUCCCUUCUGCCAUCGACUUGAGCUGCGGUGACAAUCGACCUCAGAGUGGUAGAGAAGACAAUGACGGUGACCCCCUUUCAGGACACGUGAAGAUUCCAACUGCGUCCGGAUUGAGCGGGGAAGCGUCUGAUUGCCUGACUCCAAUUCCUCCUGACUCUAUUCUCAGUCCCACCUCCAGAUCUUCUACCACCUCUCUACACCCCUCUAUUAGGAGGAGCGCGAGCGUUGAAGCAUACAGUGAGUUGGAACGGAAGCGGACCUCAUCUGGGUCUAUAAACUAUGGUUCAGAUUCUGGGGAGGAGAUGGGGAGGUCAGGGGUUGUGCCAGAGAACCAACAGUACGUUUGUGAGAAUGUAUUCGGCAACCUUUCCUUGCAGGUUAAAGGGGAUUCGAGACUGAACAAGGUACAAGUAGGAGCAGGAAACAGUACCCAGGAUCAGGCUGAUUACUUAGAGCCCCCGGUCAGAGCAGGACCCAGACGCUCUUCUAUAUCAGAGUCCGCUUACAGACAGCUCGGGCGAGUCAGACACUACGAGAUCAAUAGAGAAGACUCCAGAAGAUUGUCCGGGUGUUCGGACAGCUUGUUCAGCUCGAGCAAUACAACUCUCAGUUAUUCACACGCUCAGGAACCUGGUAUGGCUGUUAACAAAGCCAUCAGCUUCCUCGACAGGCUUGAUAAAUACGCCUCUAGUAAAAGGUCUAAACUACACGAAGGACUAGUAGAAUCAGUCACUAAAAGCAAUAUCUGAGGCGGCUCUCACCAAAUAUUUUAAAUAUCCCGCCUUCUCACCUCACUUUGGAGCUAUUUCAUCAGAAAAUUGUCUUUACUUGUUUAAUAUUCGGAAAGCGAUCAAGUAUAUCAUUAUCAGAGAUCAAGGAAUACGGAGAUUAGUAUUGAAGUUACUAAUUUUGUCAUAAUAUGAUCGACUUAAUUGAAUAUAAAUCCAAUCAAACUUUGGAUUACUGAUAAUAAGGGACCGGUAUAAUGAAAUCUUGUUAUUACAUUUGCUGUAGAAUCUUUAUACUUAUAAAGUUACAAUUACACAUAUCGUUAGAUUUCUACUGCUUUAUUCAUAUCGGUCAUAAUUUGCAAAAGUAAGUUUUAAGCAUAGUUACAUAUUAUCUUUAACUGAACAAAACUUGCUGAAUUUUCAACGUUCAUUGAAGUACCAAUUACUCAAUUACUAAAUUACCAACGCAUUGAGAUUGUAACAGAACAUUCGAAUAAUUGUUCCAUGUUUGCGUUCGCAUAUUAAUGUGAUUGCGAAGCCCUACAAUAUCAUCCUACAUCGUUACAUAGUGCUGUUCAGCUACGUUUAUACCUGCGGUGCUGCAACCCGAAUAAAACCGCAAUCAACAUUGGCCUAAACGUUUUCACACUUGGCAUGUACAUUUGUUCGAUCACUUGGCAUACUUUAAACAUUUUUACGCCCAUCUUCAACCUCGUUAACUUUGCACUCUGUUGCUUUUACUAGUGUGCUAUGGCAGGCACUGUGCGAUUAUAUUCAUUGUUGAUAUUUUUCAUAAGUAUUUGAUCAGAAUUUAAAAUUCGAUUUUGGUCUUUAUGUUUU